AGUAUUAGCAAUGCAUGCUUGGUAAGGACGGAAAUCAGAUGUUGUCGGUAACAUCACAACGUCACAGGGUGCCUUUUUACGGAGAAGAUAUAUCCUUACGCCUUCCGGACGCGGUAUAAAACUACGGGAGUUGCCGACUAGCUUCGUACGACUUAUACAUUAAGCUACCAUCUGAGAAACAGGCAUUGAAAUGAGACGUAAGAUUCAACAGGGACCCAUCGCCAGCUAGCUGGACUCUUGAAAGACAAUUACUUAAGGAUCGUUUCUCUGAAGAAGGACUCACUUUAAAGAAAUUGUGGUUAUUAUUACUCUUAACUUUAUAAAGAUGACACAAGGAAUAUCAUUGAUGCUGGUUGUGUUUGCCAAUUUUUUUGUCGUACAUACCAGUGGGUCCUAUCUUCCCGGUGCCCUCGGGCUAUCGAAGUCAAGCGAGGUCAGUAACUUUAUAGACACAGUCAUAGCAGAGGAGGAGAAGGCCUUCUACGCGAAAGUGAUACAGAGACUGAUGGACCGCGCAGCCGCAUUCGAAGAGGAAGCGGAUGAACACAAGGGAGAUAAUUUUGAUUCUGACAUGAGCAGCUCCAACGAUAUGAAUGGUGUAAAACGCUCAAUGGAAAAGCGAAAGGUUUUCUGGCAGCCUCUUGGUUAUGUCCCAGCUUCAAUGCGCAUGUCAUCAAGUAACAAGCAUAAGUCAAGUGCGAAAGACACGGGAAGGAAAGGUUUUCGCUAUGGCAAAUAGGGGAACAGGACGACAGUCACGUGACCUGUACCGUCCUUAAACCAUCAAGCGUCAAUACCGUGCUCUUACUUCCUUAUUAAACGAUCGAUGAUAUCA